GCCGUGGUUGUGGCCAUGCACAGAGACAGCAGGUGGUGCCAGAUGACAGAUGGUGUGGGAGCCCGUUCCCCGGUGGGAGGGAGCGCGAGCGAGCGAGCAGGCAGGCAGCUGCCAGGAGCUCUUCCCUGCUCCCUCGCGCUCGCUCUCAGAAGCUCCCAAUCCAGACACACGCAAGGCGCUGUCCUUUCAGCACCACGAGCUCGGGCUCGGGAGGGAGGACUUCUGGCUGUCCUCCGCCUCUGCAAAUUGGCUGGAAUCUGCUGGGACCCCAAGAGUGCAGCACAGUCUGGGAAGAAAAGCCUAAGGAUGGUGGUGAAGCUGAACGGUAACACCGGCGAGAAGGGAACCAAGCCGCCUUCUGUUGAGGAUGGCUUCCAGACUGUUCCUCUCAUCACUCCCUUGGAGGUUAAUCACUUGCAGCUGCCUGCUCCAGAAAAGGUGAUUGUGAAGACGAGAACAGAGUAUCAACCCGAACAGAAGAACAAAGGGACGUUCCGGGUGCCGAAAAUCGCUGAAUUUACGGUCACCAUCCUCGUCAGCCUGGCCCUUGCUUUCCUCGCCUGCAUCGUGUUCCUGGUGGUUUACAAAGCCUUCACCUACGACCACAGCUGCCCAGAGGGGUUUGUCUAUAAGGUUUGUCUCUCCAGCGUGUCUCGCGGACCUGUCAGCCUUGGUGACGAUGACAGUGCACAACGCUGUAUCCCGGCCUCCCUGUAUGCUUACUACUCGUCCCAGGACCCCAGCUCCAGGAGCCGCUUCUACACGGUCAUCAGCCACUACAGUGUGGCCAAGCAGAGCACGGCCCGGGCCAUCGGGCCCUUGUCGGCGGCCGCCGUCAUCCAUGAGCCCAAGCCGCCCAAGAGCCAGGGCCACUAGAGGCCCACCCACCGCCAGAGGAGGGGGGCGAGGGGGGCCCGUGGCUAAGCCGAGCUCCAGUGCCAGACAACGCUGUGCUCCCGGGGUGUGGGCGCGGGGCGGGCGGGCGGGCGGGCGGGGGUCUCCCCUAAAACUGUUGUGCACUGGAGUUGUCUGAAUCGGUAUUUCUUUUUGUCUUUGAUAUUGUUGAUUCGUCCCCGAGUCCAGGCUCAUGUACAAAGGCAUGUUUCGUGUUGACUGUUUCCAUGUAAAAUAUUUUCAAAGCCGCUGCUUAUUAUUUGUUAGGAAAAGUUAAGGACAGAAAAGGAAAGAAACAGAGAACACCACCACCAACAACAACAAACAAAAAGGAUUAAACUGGCUGCAUCUGGAAGACACUGAAGGGCAGUGAAGACCCUCUGGGCUUCUUAGAUGAGAAAACUACCCUCAGCAUGGGCUUCCGAAGGUACAGAACACCUGACGACGUGGGGGAGGGGGCAGGGGUGGGAGUGCUCUUUAGUUGGAGAGGAACAGGGGAGGUCGGAGUUGGAGAGAAGCACUGAUUGGUGACGUUGUAAGCCCACGAAGCAGACAAGCCAAGUGCGCGGGUUUUUGCGGGGGUGGCUCACGUUUGUGUGGACGGCCUCCCGGCUGACCCACGUGGCCUGCGGAUACGUGCGGCGUAAGCCAGCACUGAGAAGCGGGGCAGCUUUUUUGUCUUUUCUUGUGUUUCCAGAUCUACACCUGGAUACUGCCCGUGUGUGUGAGAGGGCGGGGGUGGAAGGGAAAGAGAUGGGCAGGACGGGCAUGUGACCUUGGGCCAAGCUCUAAGCACAGGCACCUAAGUUUUAAAUUUUGUUGGGUUGUUUGUUUCCCCCAAGUGCGCACAACAAUGAGCAGAACAAUAAAGGUCAUUACCAGGAACCUCAGGUGACAGCCAGGGAGGCUGAGACGGGGCUACCACACAGCCAGAGCAUUUCCGGAGGAGGCUUGUGCCCACUCCAAUGUGUCGACAGGGGACAUCUGCCCAAACUCUCUGAUCUGGUUCUAGAAGCUGCUGACAGGAGGCAGCGUCCGGCACCCCCGCCCCGGGGUCACGUCAGGUCCUCCAGGGCCCCUCUGUGGGUGGUCGGCUCCAGGCCCCCCAGGGCCAGAACUGGCUGGGCACAGGUGGUUAUUUGAGACGUGCUACUGUUUCCCACGAAGCUCUGACGGGCCAUUUAAAGGGCAUUUUGUGUGUGUGUGGCUUGCUGUGUUUCUGAACUCAUCAGACACUACGCUGGGUGAUGAGACCAGCACAGCUCAAACUGUCCUGCCAAACGCUGUCACCCGACUUUUCCUCCCCCCAACCCUCCCUCCACCCCAAGUCGCCUGUAAUUCAUUUGUUAUCCGAAGCAGAAUAACAAAUUGUCCCUGGCCAACCCGCUGAGCGCUUUAUAAUUUUGUGGUGUAUUUUUGUCAGUAGGUAGCAGAGGCUGAAGUAUUUUUUGGUGUAAUUUUUUGAAUUUUUCUGACAGGAAACAAAUAAAGAUAGAUGUGUCUGAGA